UCCCACCCUGCUUCAGAUCCCUCUGAAACGUCGCGAAAUCCUGCCACACGGGCUUCGUGAGACUCUAUUCAAUAGUCGGUAUAGGCACACGUCCACUUCCCAUCACGAAGCCGGGAAGCUGCUCUAUGCUAGUAAGGCGGGGGAAACGCAGGUUUGCGAAUAGAGGUGCUUAGUGCCGUAUUACCUCGGCCGGGCCUUAGCUUAAUACUGCAGUACGGCCAUCGCGACCGCGUCGAGAGGCCCACUAUGGACUCUCCGGGUAGCUAGAGGACGUAUAAGUAGUUGAAGUUAUUCGCGACACUUAGGAUAGAGCUUUCCCUUCUUUUCUUCUCCAUCCCACGAUCAUCAAUCAACUCGACCGUUCUUCCUUCCUCCUUUUUUUUGCUUCUCUUUCGUGCUUGGUGGCUGGGCCUCCGUUUUACAUUGUUCGUUAACCUCGACCUGGUUCACAUUCAUCAUCACCUUCCUCGUCUUAGACAACCAACCCCCCUUCGAGCCAGUCACAAUGAAGUUCUUCCACAUCCUGCUCCUUGCCACUACGGCCACCGCCAUGGUUCUGCCUCGUCACCACGCCGGUCAGCAAGCCAACCGCGGUGGCAACAACAACAAUAAUGCUGUGACCAACGGAAACAACAGGGCCGGCGGCAACGCUGGUGCAAAUGCUGGCGCCAAUGCUGCCGGCAACGCUAAUGGUAAUAACAACGCCGCCAACGCCAACGCCAACGCCAACGCCAACGCCAAUCCUGGUGCGGCCUGCAAUAACAACCAGAAGAGGCACCACGCUGGUCAGGCGGCGAACGGCGGAAACCGCAACAACGCCAAUAAUGCCGGGAACCGCAACAACAACAACGCUGCUGCUGCUGCUGCUGCGGACGACGACUGCAACUAAAUGGGUUCCGCUCGCAGCGCCAGCCAACCUAGCUCUAGUAUUAGCAUUGGCAUAAGACUUCCUUACCUAGGCUUGCCAAUAGAUUGAGCGAAACGUUUACCAACAAGUGGGAUCACGUUUUUAAAUGCGCAUUGGUAAAGCGUAUAUGGGUAUAGAAUGGAUAGAUUACUGAUGUUGAAGGAAAAAAGAAAGGAGAAUACCCGUCGGUCUUGCAUUUGUUCGUCGUGAGGCUCUCUGUGCUAGUGAAAUGUUCGCAGGAAGACCCGCCAACUCGUGCUCAAUAGCCCGGGAGCGUGGAACGGGAGCCGACCUCACACAAUGUGUCACGUAUACUGCCUUCGUAUAUACUGCCUUCAUGUCUUGAUUUUUUUAUUUAAAGAUAGUGAAUGGGAAGCCUUGUCGAUGAAGAUGAGCAAGGCGAAAAUGGAG